GACCGUGAUUCAUCGUAAACUUCAGGACAGUACGUAGCAGUAUGCACCUUAAACGUGUGUUUGCGGACCGCCAUGAUUUCAAGAUGAAGAGAACGGCCUCACACUCCAGUACAGUAGGUGGCGGUGAAGAAUCAUGUUUGGUCGUUCUUCAUGUUUAGUAGAUUAUUGAAGUACCACAAGAGUAUAUAGCGAUUUUCUGAAACAAGGAAGAAGAGUCUGUCAUCGUAUAGGCAAGGCUUGUAACCGUGGAGUUUCUCAGGGGCAUUCAUUGUCUUGUACUGACUGCAGAUUCUUGGGACCAACAUGAGAGCUGGAGGCAUCUUGAAGUUGGCUGCAUUGGUUUCGGUCUUUUUCCUGGCAGUUUUCCUUGCCUUCCAGCUGCUGGAAAUUAAUAUGGACUUCAGUUUGGCGAAUGUGUUUGGGUCUAUGCCUGUAGAGGAAGGCCCUACCAGACUGCACCGCUACAAGUGUGGCCUCUCCAAGCCAUGUCCUGAGGGACACUUCUCCUUUAAGAUGGCCAGCGGAGCAGCCAGUGUUGUGGGUCCCAAAAUCUGCCUGGAGGACAACAUAUUGAUGAGUGGUGUCAAGAACAACGUGGGAAGAGGAAUUAACAUCGCCCUGGUUAACGGAAAGACAGGGGACCUCAUCAAGACAGACUACUUUGACAUGUGGGCGGGAGAUGUCAACACGCUCAUCACAUUCCUGAAGACUAUUGAAGAAGGAACAGUAGUGAUGAUGGCCACGUUUGAUGAUUCGGCCUCAAAGCUGAACGACGAGUCCAAGAAGAUGAUUGGUGAACUUGGCAGUUCCAGCAUCAGCACAUUAGGCUUCAGGGACAACUGGAUCUUUGUGGGAGGCAAAGGGAUCAAGACCAAGAGUCCCUUUGAGCAGCACAUAAAGAACAACGCCGACACCAACAAGUACGAGGGCUGGCCCGAGGUGCUGGAGAUGGAAGGCUGCAUACCCCAAAGACAGGAGUGAUCUUUUCACUUAAACCCUCGACCGGCCAUCUCCUGUUCCCUUCAUCGCCGACCCCUUCACGCCUUUGGUUGCGUCUCCCAUUCUUCUCUUAAAAUAGUGUACUUGCACACUUUCCUAUGAUGGCUCUAACAAUGGUGGAACCUCCCUCCACCCAAUGCUAACACCAACGCAACCUUUGCAUUUUAGAGACUGUCCCUCUGCGUUGCAGCUGUCAAUGUUUGCAGCAAUCGGUGUUUGACGUCAGGGAGCAUCCUUGUAUCUUCCUGUGUUUUUGUGUCAAGGUAUUGUCUAUUUAUAGGAAGAGGAAUGGAAGGGUAGCUGGUAUGGCAGAAAUCCCUGUUAUUGGUUAUUCAGCAGAAUGUACCAAGAUCACUGUGAAAUUUGUAAAUAGAAAUACAAAAAAAGUAGCAAACUUUUGAACAUCCGUAUUGUAAUAUAAAAUCUUGGAAAGCUAUAUGGCUUAAGAUCCUUGUUACUUAAGAGUGAAUUUAUAUUCUAGCUUUUUAUCUUUAGUGAUUGGUCUUUUUUAAUUGUUAGUUUUUGUGUGGGUUGGGAGUGGAAUGAAUGAGGAAGCAUAGAGCUAAAUCGCGUUAGUGGGGAUUUUGUCUUGUGUGCAUCUUCCUUGGAUAGAAUGGGAAUUGUUGGUUUUGGAUGGGGGUCAUGUUUCAGUAAAAAUCUAUCUAUUUUAGGGAAAUAUUUAGCUGGUUUUGCUGAUUUUGAUAACAAAUCACUUGGGAUUUUAUUGGCACCUUGACAGCCUUGGAAAAACCAUUCAAGAAGUAGAUUGAUACAUUACAAAGAUGACUAGGUUUAGAUUUUGUGGCUAGAUCUUACUUUCCCCAGUAUCUCUGGUUUACUUUAAAGACUACUAACUCUCUGCAUCACAUCUCUUCCACUUGGCUCUCCUAAAGCUUUGAUUAUCUCAUUGCGACUGACUUUUUUGUUCUUAUCAUAUAAUGCAAAAACUUCCUAGGCUGAAGCUCAUAGAUUUUAGCUGAUUUACUGCUGGCUUUUGCAACAUUGCAUCAUGUCCCCCCUGGAUCUUGUUCAAUGAGCGGUCUCAGUACCACUGUUCAUUAGCCGUGGUCAUAUUAGCUACAAUUCAACCCAGCUGUCAUUUUGUCACACUUGGAAUGGAGUAAGCUACAUAUAUAAAAAAUAAUACAUUUGACAUUUUAUUUAACUAAGCAAGUCGGUUAAGAACAAAUUCUUAUUUACAAUGAAGGCCUACACCGGUCAAACCCGGACGAUGCUGGGUCAAUUGUGCGCCGCCCUAUGGGACUCCCAAUCACGACCAGGUGUGAUAGUCUGGAAUGGAACCAGGGUGUCUAGUGACUCCUCAAGCACUGAGAUUCUGUGCCUUAGACCGCUGCACCACUCGGGAAACCACGGAUUGAGUCAGUGGAUUCAUUCCUGUUCUGUGUGAAGUUGAAUCCAUUGGGAGAUUAUUGCAUAUGCUAUUAUGUCAUGUGCUUUAACUACGGUAACAGCUGGUGCUAAAAGUAACACACGUUUCAGAGUGUAACGUAAAACUCUUGUUGCUUGAAACAUCUCACCUCAGUCCCCUAGUUGGUUCAAAGGAUAACAGUGUAUGGUUGUGGUCAAAUGGCAGGAAUACAAUCCUGGUUCCAGUUCUGUUUGCAUUUAGAGCAGUACAUGUAACCUAACACAAUGUGAUUGUGGAGGCUAUUCUGAAACCUGUACCCCCCCAUCCACUUGUCUAUGGAGUCAAAAGGAUUUCCCCUUUUCUCUUGACAUUGGCAAGAUAUUUUAACACAAUGAAUGACAUCCUCCCCAUUGCCUUUUAAAAAAAGAUCUGUGUUCUGUUCUUUGGUUUCAUUUGAGGACCUUGAGUGAAGUGAAAAGCCCAAAUCGAUGCCCCAUCGAUGCCAUUCCUAAAACAAGUGUGUUCUUCCUGCUCUUAAAGGAAUUCAUCCCACCAAUGUGCCUUGUCUGACUUACAAAUCCACAGUCUGUAAUAUUCCCCAUUUCUGCAUCUCUACUAAACUACUGAUUCCUUAAUCAUACAUGUUGUUGCAAGGGGAACAAUUCUGAUAAUUGUGACUGAUUUUGUUGCAAUGUCUUACAUCUGUCGUGAAACAUUUCAAACAACUUACCAUUCAUGAGUAUGGUUAAUAAAGCUCAACCUGUC